UAGUGUUUCUGUUGAGUUAAAACCGCCUUUAAGUAUUAGAAACAUUUAAAUACACUCCAUUAAAUUUUCAUUUAAUUUGCUUUUCGUUAUGAAGUCGGUCGCAAAAAUUGAUGAAAACUUUUUAUUGAAACAAUUUAUUUAUUGCAAAAUCCUUGAUGAUAAACUUUUAAACUAAUUUGUGUAUAGUUGUAAAAUUGUCCUAAAUUUGUGUGUAAUUAUUUUGUGUGAAAUUAUUAAAAAGUUUAAAAUGUUAAAAAAACGUAUGCGUUCAUCUAAUUUCAACGGGCAUGAAGAAGACACCCUUAUUAAGUGCAUUUUGCGACAUGCCUCAGUUAUUGAAAAUAAAAGAACAGACGCAUACACUUUGAGAGAGAAAAAACGCGCCUGGCAAGAAGUCGGACAUGAAUUUAAUUCGUUAUGUACAAAUGAGUCUCGUAAUGUCCAAGCUCUAAAGGAUAAAUACACAAAUUUGAAAACAUUACUGCGUAAACAACUUGCGACUGACAGAACAUACCGCAAUUCCACAGGCAAUAUCAGAGAUGUACCAGAAUGGCGUCCAAGAAGCGCAGUAAUGGCUCAAUUGGCCACUUUUUUAUCAUCUCCAAAACCUGAUGCAUCGCCACCUAUUGGCAAUGAUUAUGAUCAUUUUGAAUGCAAUGAUUCACAUGAUGCCAUAUUGCCAUCUGUUGAAUCCGCUUAUACAAUUGAGUCCGAUGAUGGAGAAAAACCUCUCGAUUCCAUUAAUCUCCAAACUGUUGAGAUCCUACCCAACAACAACAACGAUGACGACGACGACGAAGACGAUGAUGAUGGUGACAAUAAAGAAGCUAUUUUCCCUUUAAAAAUAACACAAACUUCAUCAAUCAAAUCUUUUCCAAAAUAUUCACCAACAAGGAUACGUAAACCAAAUAGAUUAAAACAACGGCGUGUUAUGUCAAAUGUAUCGUCAUCUUCACAGAACAAUAAAGUGGAAAAUUCAUUACAAAGUUUGAAAAAGCAAAUGUUGCAAAGGACAUUGGAAAUGCGUGAAAUCGAACAUCAACAGCGUUUGGAUCGACAGCAGAGAGAACACGAAGCACGGAUGACUUUGUUAGAAGUCCAAAGAAUGGAUAUUGAAACUAGAAUUCAGUUGCGGCAGUUGAAAAUUGCUAAAUUUGCUAACAAAAAUAAUACAAAUAAUAAUAAUAAUAAUAUUAAAACUGAAAUUGAUUAUGAAUAAAUAUUAU